AAAAAAAAGUUCCCUUCCUCCCCCACGAAGAGAGGAAAACUCGCAGUCGUCUCUCUCCCGUCGCACCCCCCGCCCCCGCAGCGCCGCGACUGCACCUUCAUCCCGGCCCCGGCACCGCGGCCUGUCCGCAUCUACGUCGUGUUCUACUCCACGUACGGGCACGUGCGGCGGCUGGCGCGGGCGGUGCAGCGCGGGGUGGGGUCCGUGCCGGGCGCGCUGGGGAUCCUGCUCCGCGUGCCGGAGACGCUGCCCGGCGCCGUGCUGGCCCGGAUGGGCGCGUUGGAGGCCGCCGUGGAGAUGGACGCGGAGGGGAUCCCCGUGGCGGACCCCGGCGGCCUCCCCGACGCCGACGGGUUCCUCUUCGGCUUCCCCGCGCGGUACGGCGCCAUGGCCGCGCAGAUGCAGGCCUUCUUCGACUCCACCACGUCGCUCUGCCGCGGCCAGCGCCUCGCCGGCAAGCCCCCCGGCUUCUUCGUCAGCAUCGGCACCCAGUGCGGCGGCCAGGAGACCACCGUGUAGAUCUGGCACGCCCACGGCACUGCUUCCGCCAUCGACGGGAGGAGCACCAGACGGAGCACGCGGUCACCGCCGCACGUUCUUACGCCUCCGCAAUCGGUCCUCUGCCCCUUCCCUCUUCUCCCCACGGGAAAGCCAACGACCCACCUGGUGCUUAACUGAUGAAGGGGCAGCCGGCUGGUAUGAGAAGAUCCACCAUAGACAACCUGAGAUGAGAUGGGAAGAAUAUGUAAAGUCGGAUGUGGAUCGAGGUGAGAUGGGAAAAGGAUUCCUGCUUGUUCAUGCCGUCUCUAACAAAAAUCUAAACUCAUUACUUAUUCUGUGUGUACAUCCUUGUCACUUACAAGGACACCUACUUGUAUAGCUUCUUUAUACAUUAUCAAAUGCAAAACAUGAAACCAUUUGAAUCUAAUCUUAAAAAUGGGUCAUGCUCAA